UUUCCACCUCAAAAUAGCCCCAUUUGUUCCACAAUUUUGGAAUCCCCACCACUGAUACCACUUAUCUCACGUAAUUUUUUCCUAAUAGUCUCGAUACGACAAUAUCCAUAACUAAACCAAAAUCCCCCGAUUAAGAUAAACCACGUCCGCUGGCCAAAACGUGCCCAAAAACGCCCAUUCAAGCACCAACACUUCAUAGUUUUAGUUGCAAUGUUGCUCCUGGCCGAAUCCUUGAUAACCCUAGUGCUCCUCCUCAUCGCCUACUACAAAUUCUCCUUCCAGUACUGGAAGCGCCAAAAUGUCCCGUUCAUCCAGCCCAGCAUCCCCUGGGGCAACUACCCCAGCGCCCUCAAGCGCCAAGACAACUUCGGCGAGUUGGUGGUCCGAAUGUACCACCAGAUGAAGAAACAAGGCCACAAAUACUUCGGAAUUUACUUAUUUUUCCAGCCUUGCUUCGUCCCAACUGACCCUAAAUUCAUCAAACUUAUUCUAGCCAAAGACUUCCAGCACUUCAACUUCCGCAACUUCUACUACAACGAGAAGGACGAUCCAAUCAGCGCCCACUUGCUGUCGCUGAAUGGGGAAAAGUGGAAGCGGUUGCGCAGCAAACUAACGCCGACUUUCACAGCCGGGAAGAUCAAAAUGGUGUUCAAAAUCUUCGUAGAGUGCGGGAAAAUAAUCGAGCACACUUUGGAACACCACGCCCAGAACAGGACCUCCUUCGAUGUCAAGGAGAUGUUCUCGAGCUACAGCACCGAUGUCAUUGUCAACUGCGCGUUUGGAGUUGAAGUUGACCGGUUGAAGAAAACCGAGUUUAAAAACUACUCGCAGAAGGCGCUGGAUUUCAACACGCGCAGGUGCAUUGUCAUGUACUUGGGGGCGGUUUUUCCCAAAUUGUGCCGCAAGCUGGGCUUUCGCCAAAUUGCAAAGUCAGCGGGGGAUUUUUUUAUUAACAUAGUCCGUAACACGGUUGAGUUUCGCGAAAAAACCAACACGAUUCGGAACGAUUUUCUCCAACUUUUGAUCAAUCUUAAGAAUGAUGAGAGUGAUGAUUGGGGACAGUUUAGUAUCGAAGAAGUGGCGGCUCAAUGUUUUAUUUUCUUCUUGGCUGGUUUUGAAACUUCAGCUACGACGAUGUCGUUCGCUUUGUACGAAAUUGCAGCUAAUCCGCACGUUUAUGAGCAAAUUAUGGACGAAAUGAGGAGAGUUUUGGAUAAAUAUAAUGGUGAGAUGUGUCAUGACGCCAUCAAGGAAAUGACAUAUCUUGGACAAGUUGUUGAUGAAACUUUAAGGAUUCACUCGCCGGCUUAUGCCGUCUCAAGGACUUGUACACAGGACUAUCACGUCCCGGAAACCAAUAUCGUGCUAAAGAAAGGUUUCCAGGUUUUGAUCCCGAUUCGGGGGAUUCACAGUGAUCCCGAAUUUUACCCAGAACCGGAGAAAUUCAAGCCGGAACGCUUCCAUCCCGAUAAUAGACAAAAUAUUGAACCGUAUAGUUAUCUACCGUUCGGGGAAGGACCGCGAAUUUGUAUCGGGUUGCGGUUCGGACACAUGGAAGUCAAGACAGCUCUAGCUGUGGCCUUGAAAAACUACAAGUUUAGUGUCAGCUCUAAAACUAGGGUUCCGUUUGAACCGAAUCCUAAAAGUUUGUUGUUUGAUGUCCAAGGAGGGAUUUGGCUGGAUUGUGAAAGGAUUUCAAGUUAAAAAAAAACAAAAAGAAAUAAUGUUUUUUCUUAUAACGCUUAUAAUAUUUAUAAGUAACUGAAAUGGUCUUGUCAUCAAUAAAAAUUUUUUCCUUGU